AUGGCUGCACUUUCUCUACAAUCGACCAAGAAGAUGGUCUCGGGUUAUGAGAUUCCCGUGCUUGGGUUUGGGGUAUCAACAAACAGUCCCCCCUCCCUCACCACAACCGUGACCCUCAAGGCCCUAGAAGCCGGUUACAGGCAUAUCGACAGCGCAGCCCUCUACAACAACGAAGCCGAAUGCGCCUCCGCAAUCCAACUAUCCGGUCUCCCCCGCGAGCAAAUCUUCUAUACCACCAAAAUCCCCAUUACGCAUAUGUCGUAUGAGAAAGCCAAGGAGGCGAUUGCGGAUAGUUUGGCUGCGGCGGAGAAGGGUCGGUUGGGAUAUAUUGAUUUAAUGCUCCUCCACGCCCCUUACGGCGGCAAAGAAGGCCGUCUAGGCGCAUGGCGCGCACUCGUGGAAGCGCAACAGGCGGGAAAGAUCCGGUCCCUGGGGAUAUCGAAUUACGGGAUCCGGCAUUUGGAGGAAUUAGAGGAGUAUAUUAAGACCAGUGGGGUUGGGGGACAGAUUUCCGUGGGCCAGUAUGAGAUUCAUCCGUGGUGCGCGAGGGAGGAUAUUGCGGGGUGGUUGAGGAGUCGGGGGGCGGUGGUGGAGGCGUAUUCGCCGUUGGUGCAGGCGAAGAGGAUGAAGGAGCCGGUGUUGAGGGCGUUGGCGGAGAAGUAUGGGAAGAGUGAGGCGCAGGUGUUGGUGAGGUGGAGUUUGCAGAAGGGAUAUGUUCCGCUGCCCAAGUCGGUGACGGAAGCGCGAAUCGUGGAGAAUUCGCAGGUGUUUGAUUUUGAGCUGUCGGAGGAGGAUAUGAAGCGUUUGCAGACGGCGGAAUAUGCCCCUGUUUCGUGGGAUCCGGUGAGGGAUUCGAAAUUGUGA